AUGGAAUACAUGGAACGAGGGGAUUUACGAGGCUUGAUGGACAAAUACGAGGACGAGAACCGUCGGAUAGGCUUCGACGCUGCCAAGAUCACGAUCGCGCUGCAUGUCGCUCAUGCUCUGGCCUAUUUGCACUCUCGAGACGUUCCGGUAAUUCAUCGCGACUUGAAGUCGAAGAAUAUUCUGCUGAACGAAGCGCUGGGAGCCAAGUUGACGGACUUUGGCGUCUCUCGGGAACGCGUAGACAGAGCGAUGACUGCAGAUGUGGGUACGUCACUUUGGAUGGCUCCAGAGGUGAUGAUUGGGAAUGCGUACGAUGAGAAGGCAGACAUGUUUUCGUUUGGAGUGGUGCUGUCGGAACUGUCGAUGCAUUCCCUGCCGUACUCACACGCCAAGCGUCCCGGGUCGAAAGAUCAAUUGUCGCCGCUGGUUAUUCUCCAUCGAGUAGUGACGGGAGCGUUAAGCGUGGAAUUUGCUGAGACUGGACCGCGAAAUAUGGUAAGAUUGGGUCUGGCUUGUGUGUCCAUGGACCCUACGAAGAGACCGACAGCAUCUGAAGCAAUGCGUGUAUUGCACGCCUUGUUAAUGCAGGAAGUAUCAGAUUAG